GAGAUGUUAUCCCGCCACCAACCUAUGCUUUAUUUUUCUCCAUUUUCUCUUCGUCCAUUCUUCUCCAUAUUUCCCAAUUUCUACUCUCAACUACCAUGCAAAUUCAACCAUCUCAAUUUCCUCACCAAACCCAUUUUCAACAAUCACAAGUUACUUUCUGCAAAUUUGAGUUUUUCUGCAUUACACUAUGCACACAGUAAUGAUGAACUUCCGGAGAAGGCGAAUGAAAGGGAUGAUGCAAAUGCAAGUGGAUUUAGUUUCUUGUAUCUCAUGGAACAACGCGGUGUUCGUGCAAAUUCUCAAACUUUUUUGUGGUUAUUAGAUGACUGUUUGAAUUCCGGGUCGUCGUUUUCUGAUGGUUUGAAGCUUCAUGGGAAGAUUCUUAAGAUGGGUUUUGUUGAUGAAGUGGUUUUGUGUGAACGUCUUAUGGAAUUUUAUCUUGCAUUUGGUGAUUUGAAUUGUGCAGUUAAGGUGUUUGAUGAAAUGCCUGUUAGAACUUUGUCUUGUUGGAAUAGGAUUUUAGAGAGGUUGGUUGUGGAGAGGUUGAUGGGUCGUGUUCCGGGUUUGUUUCAGCGGAUGAUUAAGGAAAAGGUGGAGCCUAAUGAGAAGAUUUUUUCUGUGGUUUUGAGGGGUUGUAGUGGUAAUGUAGUUCCUUUUCACUUUGUGGAGCAAAUUCAUGCUAUGAUUGUAACUCGUGGUUUUGAAAGUAGUCCUUUUAUAUGUAAUCCUUUGAUUGAUCUCUAUUUUAAAAAUGGUUUCCUGAAUUCUGCUAAGAAGGUUUUUGGAAAUUUAAGGGCGAGGGAUAGUGUUUCUUGGGUGGCUAUGAUAUCUGGCUUAUCGCAAAAUGGGUAUCAAGAAGAAGCAAUGCUUCUGUUUUGUCAGAUGCACACGUCAGGAAUCUGCCCCACCCCGUAUAUUUUUUCGAGUGUGCUAAGUGCCUGUACAAAAGUAGAGUUUUUUAAGCUUGGGAAGCAGCUCCAUGGACUUAUUUUGAAGCAGGGAUUCUCUUCCGAAACAUAUUCAGUUUACAAUGCACUUGUGACAUUAUAUUCACGUUCGGGUAAUUUGGUAUCUGCAGUGCAGGUUUUUAAUUCAAUGUCGCAGAGGGAUAGCGUUUCCUAUAACUCACUCAUUUCGGGUCUAGCUCAACAAGGAUAUAGUGAUAGAGCUUUAGCGUUGUUUAAGAAAAUGCAUCUUGAUUGCCAAAAGCCUGACUGUGUUACGAUUGCAAGUCUUUUGAGUGCCUGUGCAUCAGCUACAGCUCUUCUGAGUGGAAAGCAAUUUCACUCGUAUGCAAUAAAGGCCGGAAUGACUUCAGACAUCGUCGUUGAAGGUUCACUUCUUGAUCUUUAUGUAAAAUGCUCGGAUAUAAAAGCCGCCCAUGAUUUUUUCCUUGCAUCUGAAACUGAAAAUGUGGUGAUGUGGAAUAUGAUGCUUGUAGCUUAUGGUCAGUUAGACAAUUUAGACAAAUUAUUUGAAAUAUUUACACAGAUGCAGAUUGAAGGAAUUGUACCUAAUCAAUUCACCUAUCCACGUAUUUUGAAAACUUGCACUACUUUGGGAGCUCUUGAUCUAGGAGAACAGAUUCAUACUCAAGUACUGAAAACUGGAUUUCAGUUCAAUGUGUAUGUCUCUAGUGUGCUUAUUGACAUGUAUGCUAAACAUGGAAAACUAGAUACUGCCCUGAAAAUUUUUAGAAGACUAAAAGAAAAUGAUGUUGUUUCGUGGACAGCUAUGAUUGCUGGGUAUACACUACAUGAUAAGUUUGCUGAAGCUCUUAACCUCUUUAAAGAAAUGCAAGAUCAAGGGAUACAAUCUGAUAAUAUAGGAUUCGCAAGUGCAAUAAGUGCAUGCGCAGGUAUCCAAGCACUUGAUCAAGGACGGCAGAUUCACGCACAGUCAUAUCUAUCUGGUUAUUCAGAUGAUCUUUCAAUUGGUAAUGCACUUGUUAGUCUUUAUGCUAGGUGCGGGAAUGUACGAGAAGCAUACUUUGCUUUUGAUCAAAUAUUUGCCAAAGAUAAUAUAUCAUGGAACUCAUUGAUAUCUGGUUUUGCACAAAGUGGACAUUUUGAGGAAGCACUGAAUAUAUUCUCUCAAAUGAAUAAAGCUGGAAUAGAAGUUAAUUCAUUCACUUUUGGCUCUGCUGUUAGUGCUGCUGCCAAUGCUGCUAAUGUUAGACUAGGGAAGCAGAUUCAUGCCAUGAUUAGAAAAACUGGCUAUGAUUACGAAACCGAGGUUUCUAAUGCUUUGAUCACUCUAUACGCAAAAUGUGGUUGUAUUGAUGAUGCCGAGAGACAAUUCUUUGAAAUGCCUGACAAAAAUGAAAUUUCUUGGAAUGCCAUGAUUACUGGUUAUUCCCAGCACGGUCGUGGAUUUGAAGCACUAAGGCUUUUUGAGGAUAUGAAACAGCUUGGUUUAUUGCCAAACCAUGUCACAUUUGUGGGAGUUUUAUCAGCAUGUAGCCAUGUCGGUUUGGUGGAUGAGGGAAUUAGCUACUUCCAAUCAAUGACUGAAGCUCAUAACUUGGUGCCAAAACCUGAACAUUAUGCAUGCGUUGUGGAUCUUCUUGGACGGUCCGGUCUUUUAAGUCGUGCAAGGAGAUUUGUUGAGGAAAUGCCAAUUCAACCAGAUGCAAUGGUGUGGAGGACCCUUUUAAGUGCUUGUAAUGUUCAUAAGAAUCUUGAUAUUGGAGAGUUUGCUGCAAGUCAUCUUCUGGAACUGGAACCAAAAGAUUCAGCAACAUAUGUUCUGCUUUCAAAUAUGUAUGCAGUGUCUGGAAAAUGGGGUUGUAGGGAUCGGACGAGGCAAAUGAUGAGAGAUCAAGGUGUUAAGAAAGAGCCUGGCCGUAGCUGGAUUGAGGUUAAUAAUUCAGUUCAUGCUUUUUUUGCUGGUGAUCAAAAUCAUCCAUGCGCGGAUAUGAUAUAUGAAUAUAUCAGAGAUCUGGAUUUUCGGGCAGCUGAAAAAGGUUAUGUACCACAGUUCAACAGCCUUCUCAGUGAUGCAGAAAUACGUCAGAAGGAUCCAAAAGAGACCAUUCAUAGUGAGAAACUGGCUAUUGCUUUUGGGUUGCUCAGUUUGUCUAGCUCAACUCCUAUUUAUGUUUUUAAAAAUCUUCGUGUUUGUGGGGAUUGCCACAACUGGAUUAAGCAUGUCUCUGAGAUAUCAAAUCGAGCAAUCAUAGUGAGAGAUUCAUAUCGCUUUCAUCAUUUCAAAGUCGGUAUUUGUUCGUGUAAAGAUUAUUGGUAAGAUGGAAGAAGGUUGGCCAAAAUGAAUGGAUCCCUCAAGACUUGUGGAGUGGAUCAUAAUUUGUGACAAGCGUGGAAGAUGGUUUUUAUUGGUCGGCCAUGCCUGUGCCCCACGUGAACAUAGAUGAGCACCGGCUUUCAAGGGAGUUACAAUGUCACCAUUAACAUGCAACAGCUUGACGCAGUCUGGUUUGGUGUUGGUUAGUGCGAGGGAGUCUAAAGGUGACAAGAUGGACAGUGCAAUUCGGAAGGAACGGCAAGAAUGAUGGAUUUGUGCUACCUUGUAACGAGAGUAACCUCUGGUAGCUCAUUUUUGUAAAGCUUCAAUGGGUCUUUUUCAGCAUGCCUAUGUAUAAUCCAUGAUAUUAUACCUUUUCCUGUGUUAUGGUUGAAGACAAUGGUGGUUGGUGAAAAGACAGAGAAAGGGAUGAUAUGGGAGACCUUUUCAUUUUUCACGGGGCUGAAAAAAGAUAGACAUCUCUUAAUUGACCUCCAGAUUGCUGCCGAGUAUUUUGGUGAUUCCUGUGAAGAGUUGAUUUGAAUUACUAUUUGUUUGUGCUUGCAAUAUGAAAAAUAGUCAUAGUCUUGAAAUGUCUGAUAAUGAGGAAGAGGAAAUUGUUAGUCAAGCUAGGGAAAUUCCACCGGCACCACUAUUUGCUCAAAAUGCACAAGAACUAGAAGUGUCAUCUAAACCAAAGGCAAAUGGCGAGAAGCAUAAGGAUAAGGAUAAGGAGGGUGAGCGUAAGUCUAAGGCCCUAACAUCUUACAUGUGGCUAUAUUUUGUUAAGGUUGGUAUUGUAGAUGGAAAAAGAAUGUUGUAAAUGUAAUGGAUGUGGAAAAUUACUGAGUUGUAAAUCAUCUGGUGGAACUACUCAUUUACAAUGUCAUAAAGAUAGUUAUAGGAAGAUUGCUAAAUAUUGUGAUA